CUCAUAGAGCUUCACAUCCACAAAAUAAUUCAAAUAUGUCACUAUUACUAAUAAUCAAUUUGAAAAGAAAUAAUUAUUUUAUCUUUUUCACUACAAUUUGCAUGAUUGCUAUGUUUCUCUAUAUUACCCACUUCACUCUGAAGUCUGAAUCUAUUUCUUGCACUUAACCUGUUUGAUAUAUUGCUUGUGCAGAAAAAGAAGUUGUUUUUUUUUAAUGGGGUUUGUUGAUUUUGAUUCACAAGAGGGUAGUGGUAGUGGUACUUGUAAAUAUGGAGGACAACAAGGUUCAUCAUGUUCAUGGAGGUUUUUGACAAGGAGGAAGAAGGUUAAUUCUCAUGUUGAGGAUAAUAACAACAACAACAGUAACAAUUCUCAUGGAGUGCAACUUGCUAAGGAGUUAACUAUUCCUCAUCUCAUGGCAAUUGGGGUAGGUGCAACAAUUGGUGCUGGUGUGUAUGUUCUAGUUGGAACAGUGGCUAGGGAACAUGCUGGACCUGCUUUACCUCUUUCAUUUAUGGUUGCUGGAUUUGCAGCCGCUCUUUCAGCUCUUUGCUAUGCUGAGUUGGCUAGUCGCUUUCCUUCUGCUGGGAGUGCUUAUCACUAUGCUUACAUAUGUCUUGGUGAAGGGGUUGCUUGGUUGAUCGGCUGGUCCUUAGUACUUGAAUAUGGGAUUGGUGGAGCUGCUGUUGCUCGUAGCAUAACCCCUAAUUUGGCUGCAGUUAUUGGCGGCGUUGACAACUUGCCAGCAUUUUUAUCCUAUCAACGUAUUCCUGGGAUUGAUAUCGUUGUAGACCCACUUGCAGCAUUUAUGGUAUUCAUUGUUACUUGGGUCCUUUGUACUGGCAUCAAAGAGAGUACAAUGGUACAAAGUAUAGUCACAUCAGUGAAUAUAUGCGCUUUGAUGUUUGUCAUAGUAGUCGGUGGUUACUUAGGAUUCAAAUCUGGGUGGGUUGGAUAUAAACUCUCAACUGGGUAUUUUCCAUUUGGGAUAGAUGGAAUGAUUGCUGGUUCUGCAACAGCUUUUUUUGCAUACAUAGGUUUUGAUGCAGUUGCCAGCACUGCUGAAGAGGUGAAAAAUCCUCAAAAAGAUUUACCUCUAGGAAUUGCUGCUUCAUUGUCUCUGUGUUGUGGAUUGUAUAUGAUGGUAUCCAUUGUUGUUGUUGGUUUAGUACCUUACUUUGAUAUCAAUCCUGAUACCCCUAUAUCCUCUGCGUUUGCUGACAAUGGAUUGCAUUGGGCAGCAUACAUUAUAAAUGUCGGGGCUAUUACAGCACUGUGUUCAUCAUUGCUUGGUGGAAUGUUGCCUCAGCCAAGAAUUUUGAUGGCUAUGGGAAGGGAUGGACUGCUGCCUCCAUUUUUUUCUGACAUAAAUAAGCACAGCUAUGUUCCUGUAAAGAGUACCGUAGUUACUGGCCUUGUUGCUGCAGCCUUGGGAUUUUUCAUGGAUGUCUCUCAACUUGCUGGGAUGGUUAGUGUAGGUACUCUUCUUGCAUUCAAUGCAUCGGCAAUAUCUGUGUUGAUAGUAAGGUAUAUCCCACCAGUUGAGGUUUCAUUGCCCCCUUCUCUACAAGAACCAAUUGAUGCAGAGUCAAUGGAAUACGUUUGGAGCCAUUUGGAAACAUUUGAAAAAGAUGCAAAAAAGAAACCCUUUAUUGUUAAAGAGGAUGAUGUAUCAGUUGAUUAUCCCCUUAUUCCCAAAAAUCUCGCAAUAGACACACUUGUACAUAAUGCUAAAAGGAAAAAAAUUAUUGGCUAUGUAAUAGCAGUCAUAUGCUUAGGUGUAUUUAUCCUUACAUUUGCAGCAGCUUCUUCAUUCUUUCUCAGUUCAGUUAGAUUUACAUUAUGUGGAGUUGGUGGCACUCUUGUUUUCUCUGGCUUUGUCUUCCUCACAUGUAUAGAUCAAGAUGAUGCAAGACACAAGUUUGGAAACUCAGGAGGUUUCACAUGUCCAUUGGUGCCACUGCUACCUAUAAUUUGCAUUAUUAUAAAUUCCUAUUUACUUAUUAGUCUUGGGGGUGCUACUUGGGUGAGAGUUUCUGUAUGGCUAGCAUUGGGAGUUAUUAUAUAUGUUUUCUAUGGUAGAAACCAUAGUUCUCUCAAAGCUGAUGAUGCCAAUUAUACUCCUUCAAGCUUUCUUGCCUAAGUAUAUACAAGUCUAAGAAAAAUAUUUUCACUUCAUUAGUGGUACAUGUAAUCAUUGUAUAGAAAAAUGCAAAAUCUGUAUUGUUUAUAUAGGUCAUAGUCAUAGUCAUUUUUCUAAGAGAAGAAGAAAUGGACCAUGUGAGUGUAUUUUAUAAAGUAUACGAAAUUUUAGUUGUUGAUAUUUCAAUCAACAACUUAAAAUUGUUAAUAUAUAUUUAUGUAUAAUUAUAAUUGAAGUUUUAAAAAGUUA